AUGGCUGUUUGCGAUGCUCGCUAUGUUUUUACUUUAGUAAAUGUGGGAGACUUUGGUUCUAAUAAUGACAGUGGAGUUUUAGAAAAUUCAACAAUUGGCAAAGCUUUUGCAAGUGAUCAAAUGGGUCUUCCUGAUGAACAACAUGUAGAAG